AUGCCCGGAGUCAUCGCCAUCGAAGAAGCAACCAUCGACCCAGGCUCGGUGCCUACCAUCGAAGAAACAAUUCGCUACCUCCUGCCUGGCUCUCACGUGGACAUCAAAGCCGCCGUAGCGGGGCACGCAAAGAAACUCCUCGAUAUCCACGAUGAGAGGUUGCGGACCAUGGACGAAGAGGGCGUCGAAUUCAUGCUCUUCUCGCACACCUCGCCCGGCCCCCAAGGCCAGAUUGACCCGAAAAUCGCGGAGGGCAUGGCAACCCGCUCGAAUGACUGGUUGAGCGGCGAAGUGAGGAAGAACCCCAAGCGUUUCGGCGCCCUCGCUGCACUGAGUAUGCAUGACCCUGUCCAAGCAGCGAAGGAACUGACUAGGGCCGUGAAGGAACUGGGCAUGUUCGGGGGGUUGGUCAAUGAUUACCAGUCCUUUGGCUCGGAGGGCGACGGCCGAUUGUAUUAUGACACGAAAGAAUAUGAUACGUUCUGGAAGACGGUUGAGGAAUUAGAUGUGCCGAUUUAUUUUCAUCCGAGGUACCCGUCGCCAGCGGAGAUGAGGCCAGAAGGGAAGUAUGCACAUAGAGGUUGGCUGCUGGGAGCGGGCGUUCAGUUUCAUUUGGACCUCAGCUGGCACAUUUAUGCAGUGUGCUCCUCUGGAGUCUUCGACCGCUUCCCUAAAGUACAAAUAAUAGCUGGACACCUUGGCGAAAACAUACCCUUCAAUCUACACCGGGCAGAUCACUGGCUAAACCAGCCGUCCAAACGUGCUUCUCGUCCCUGCAUCCACGAUUAUACCUACUACUUCCGUCACAAUGUACACAUCACGACGUCUGGGAACUUCUGGACGCCCGGUUUGAAGCUGUGCGUUAAUGUUUUGGGGCCAGAGAGGUGCUUGUUUGCGAUCGAUACGCCGUAUGAGCGGACUGAGGAGGGGAUGGAGUGGUGGAGAAGUGUGAGCUUUGAUAAUGAUGACGAGAGAAGCCCAGGGGAGAAGAUUAAGGAAAUGAUUGGGAGAGGGAAUGCGAUCAAGUUAUUUCGGUUACCAUUAGACCCCUGA